AUGCGCAUCUACAAGUGUGUCCUCUGCGGAGAUGAAAUGUUCUCUGACAUCUACCCAACAAAAGAAAUCUGCAACGGGCUGUGUAUUGAAGUUGAUGGAAAGACUGUCACACGAAGAGAAGGUGACAUUGAUGAUGCUCUUAUUGGUGGAAAUGCAUCUGCUGAGUGCCUGGAUGAAGGAGCUGACGGUGUGACAGUAUCAGGAGUUGAUAUUGUGAUGAAUCACAAACUUCAGGAAACUAGCUUUUCAAAGGAAGCAUUCAAACGAUAUAUUAAGGACUAUAUGAAAGCAAUUAAAUGUCAUCUUGAAAAGAAUAAUCCUGAAAGGGUGCAGCUUUUUAUGACUGGAGCAGCAGAAAAAAUCAAAUCACUUCUUGCAAACUUCAAGGACUUGCAGUUUUUCACAGGAGAGUCAAUGGACCCAGAUGGUAUGGUGGGCUUUUUGGAUUACCGUGAGGAUGGUAUAACACCCUUCAUGACCUUCUUCUUAGAUGGCUUGGAAAUUGAAAAAUGUGUAAGUUGA